GCGAGUCACUGUCAAGCGUUUAGUCUCCACUGCAACACAGAGAUCUCCAGAUGCCUAAAAACAGCAAAGUAACACAGAGAGAGCACAGCAACCAACAUGUCACAGAGUCAGUGGCCGACCUGCUGGCCCAUGAGGAACCUGUAGAUCACAAGGCAAGUGCGUUAAAUGUCUCAGCAGAAGGAGCCCCAGGGAAACAGCUAGAGGAACCAACAGAACUGGAGGACAGACCUGCCUGGAACAGCAAAUUGCAGUAUAUUCUAGCACAAAUUGGAUACUCUGUGGGUCUGGGUAAUGUUUGGCGAUUUCCAUACCUUUGUCAGAAAAAUGGAGGAGGUGCGUACAUGGUUCCUUACCUGAUCCUGCUCAUUCUAAUUGGUGUCCCUCUCUUCUUCCUUGAACUGGCUGUGGGCCAGAGAAUCCGUAGAGGUAGCAUUGGAGUGUGGAACUAUAUAUGUCCUCGGCUUGGUGGAAUUGGUUACGCCAGCUGUCUUGUAUGCUUCUUUGUGGGACUUUAUUAUAAUGUCAUUAUAGGAUGGAGCAUAUUUUAUUUUUUUAAAUCCUUCCAGUAUCCUCUUCCCUGGAAUGAAUGUCCAGUCUUGACAAAUGGAUCUUUUAGUGUAGUGGUAUCAGAGUGUGAUAAAAGCUCAGCCACAACCUAUUUUUGGUACCGAGAAGCCCUGGAUAUCUCAGAUUCAAUAAAUCAUGGGGGAGGUCUUAACUGGAGAAUGACUCUGUGUUUACUCGCUGCCUGGACAAUGGUGUGUUUGGCUAUGAUCAAAGGCAUCCAGUCAUCAGGAAAGGUUAUGUACUUCAGCUCUCUGUUCCCAUAUGUCGUCCUGGUGUGUUUUCUAGUCCGUGGAUUACUUCUGAGAGGAUCUAUUGAUGGAAUUCUUCACAUGUUAACACCUCAGGUUGAUAAGAUGUUGGACCCUCAGGUGUGGAGAGAAGCAGCGACACAGGUUUUCUUUGCUCUGGGGCUGGGCUUUGGAGGCGUCAUUGCAUUUUCAAGCUACAAUAAGCAAGAUAAUAACUGCCAGUUUGACGCAGCUCUUGUUUCCUUUAUCAACUUCUUUACCUCUGUUUUGGCUACAUUGGUCGUAUUCGCUGUUUUGGGAUUCAAAGCCAAUGUCAUGAAUGAGAAAUGUGUAAUUCAAAAUGCAGAAAAAAUCCUUGGCUAUCUGAAUUCUGAUAUCAUAAGCCACGAUCUAAUCCCACCGCAUGUGAAUUUUUCUCACCUGACAACAUCAGACUAUGCUGACAUGUACCAAGUCAUAAAAACCGUUAAAAGAAGACAGUUUUCAAGACUUCACCUUGACCCCUGCUUGCUAGAGGAUGAACUCAAUAAGGCAGUUCAAGGAACAGGAUUGGCUUUUAUCGCAUUCACCGAGGCUAUGACUCAUUUCCCAGCUUCCCCUUUCUGGUCAGUUAUGUUUUUCUUGAUGCUGAUUAACCUCGGGCUGGGAAGCAUGAUUGGCACUAUGUCGGGUAUUAUCACACCACUUAUAGAUACCUUUAAAGUGCGUAAAGAAAUUUUGACAGUCAGCUGUUGCAUCCUUGCCUUCCUGCUGGGUUUGAUCUUUGUUCAGCGUUCUGGAAAUUAUUUCGUCACCAUGUUUGAUGAUUACUCUGCCACACUACCACUCACCAUUGUGGUCAUCCUGGAAAACAUUGCAGUAGCUUGGGUUUAUGGCACAAAGAAGUUCAUGGAUGAGCUUACAGAGAUGCUUGGGUUUCGUCCAUAUAGAUACUACUUUUACACAUGGAAAUAUGUGUCACCAAUCUUCAUGGCUCUUCUGCUCACAGCAAGUAUCAUCAGAUUGGGGAUAAGUCCCCCAGGUUAUAGUGCGUGGAUAAAAACAUUGGCUGAAGAGCACUAUGUGUUGUACCCUCCAUGGGCUCUUUCAUUGUUAAGUUGCCUUAUUGUAGUAGCAAUUAUUCCAGUCCCUGUUGUCUUCAUCCUUUGGCAAUUCCAACUCAUACCAGAUGGAUCCAACAGACUUUCUGUGUCCUACAAGAAAGGUCGUAUGAUGAAAGAUAUCUCCAACUUAGAAGAGAAUGAUGAGACUCGCUUCAUACUGAGCAAAGUGCCUAGUGAAACCCCAUCUCCAAUGCCUACUCAUCGCACAUACCUGGGCCCUGAAAAUGCCAAUCCUUUGGAUUUAGGUGGGGCAUCUAAUGGACGAUAUGGGACUGGCUAUGUUCUGGCAACCACUCCUGAGUCAGAGUUGUAAGCCAUGUUGAAAGAAAGUCCUCUCCUAAGAUUAAUCUGCAAUAUAAUCAAAUUUAUGUGAGAGUUUAUUUUUUUGCAAAUUAAGGUUUUAAAAAAAAUAUGUAAAGACUCUACCCAGCAGAGAUUAUUUUAAAUGAAAAACCUAUCAAUUAUAAUGUAUUUAUUAAUUUUUAAAUAUCAAGAAAUAGUUGGUCUUCAUAGUACAUCUAGACCAUUGACUGGAUGAUCAUUUUUUUCAGUGAAGAUCUCUUGAUCUUUGUCUGGACUUUUGGUAAAAUGUUGCAGUGAAUUUUCAGAACAUGUCAAUGUAUAGUCACACAUAUAUUGGGCAGACAUCAAUAAUGUAAAAAAGAAUAAAAAAGGACAAAAAAUAAAAUAAAAAAACAAACGUGAACAUAUAAACUCAGGUGUGCAAAAUAAGCAUCAACUAAUAUUUAAUUGCAAUUAUCAAAUAGUGGAAUUCUGCAUUAAAGGCACAAACAGAGGAAGAGACAAACCAUAUAGACUGAUUCAUCUAAAACAAAUUUGACCUAUAUGGGAUAUUGUGCAUUAUUCUUUCUCUAUUUCUUCUGAAUAGUAACAUGUUUUGCAUUUCUAUGCCCAAUUUAUUUGUAUAAGUUGACAUUACCAAAUAUUAUUGAUAAAUAUAGCAAAAGAUAUAUAAUAAUAUAUAAGCUUUAAAUAACAAUAAAGACAAAAACUUGCAAAAUAUUACACAUUAAGGCCCCAAGGCUUUUAUGACAUUGUACAAUUUAAAAGGAUAAGUCAUAUGAUAUUUAUAGAACAUACAUAUAAAAAAUGGAUUCAUUAUAUGUUUCCCGUUAUUCCCUUGAAAAUAUAAAAUGUUGGCAAUAAUUACCACUUUCUGUGAGAUUUGAGCACUUUUGAUUACUUAAUGGGAGACAGAACCUGUUAAAUAUGCCAAUACAAUCCACACAUACACACAUUGAAUGUUUGUUAGAUUACUUCUGUAGAUGAUAUCUAUACUUUGGCCAGCCAGAAAAAUAAAUAAAAAGUUUUUGUAUUAGGUAUAUUUAAUUAAUUAUAGUACAUUGUUAUGCUAGUGCCCCUUUAAUGAAAUGAAGGCCCAAGAAAAUAAAUGUUAUAUUCUAUCAUUUGUAUAGCUAUACUGUUAUUUGCAUUUUUAAAACUAGAGAAUAAGAGAGAGGCAUGUGGCAUUGUUGUUGUUUAAAAAUAAUUGUACAAAAAGCACAUCAUUGUUUAAACAGAGAAAGUAAUUUGGAAAAUGUGGGAACUCUUACAGGGUGAACACAAAUAGAACCUCAUGGGAGGGACUUACCUACCUUUUAGCACAUUAUCAGCCAUUUCAAGGAUCAGGAAGGUCCCAAAGGUUUCAAAAAGAAAACAUCUUAAUGAAGUAUAAUAAUUUGUGUAAAAAAAAAAACAAAUGCAAAUAAUUUUAAAUUAAUCUAUUAAAAAUAAACUGCAUUUAAACUUUAGUAAGAAGACUUGACUAAGACAUUACCUACUUGAAAUGUUUAAUGGUAAUAUAAGAAACAUCCAAUAGUGUUUUGAGGGGGGGAGCAAUCAAAUUAGUUUAUUUCAAGUCUCAAAUUUAUACUAUUAUCCUAACAUUUAAUUUAAUUUUGCACUCUGCUCAAAAUCUCUAGUUUGAAUGUUACUGCUUUUUUUUUUCUAAAUUAAAUAUUUAGAUAAUUCCAGAAUGUCAUUAAACUCUAUAUUUAAUUAUUAUAUUGUCACCUCUUUUUCAGGAACAUUUGCAAUAAUUGCCAUUGUAAAUUUGAUGGGGCUGUGUGGGAUGUUAAUGUAUGACUAUAUUCUAUAGCUAUAUAUACUUUCUCUGAUUUGAAAAAGCACAUUGGUUAACUCCUUAUCCUCUAGAGGACUGCACAAUCAAACCAUAGCACAGAGAAUGACAGCUAAACACUGAGAUUAGACAAGUACCGCCAAGUACUGCCACCUUUAUAGUGAGCCAUAUAUAUUAUAAAAGGUGAAUAAUUUAUUGCAUUAGGUUAUGGAACUAAGCUUUAGGUGUACUUGGCAAAAAGCUGAUCCAACAAUAAAGAAGAACAAAAACCUACUUAAAUAAGUAUAUUAUGUUAAAGGAGCGCCAUGUCUGAAAAUAAGAUAUUUUAUAGGGCAUAAAACUGGCUAUACAAUUUACUGGAGAUUUAUUUCUAAACUUAGUCAUUUAUAAUAUAUCACAUUUUAGUGUUGUUUUGCUGUAGUUUAAUAUGCUAAUGAUAUGAUCUCUGUUCUAAUGCACAGUUUAAUAACCUUGUAUUCUUUUUUGUUUCUAAAGCCAACAGUGAUAGACCCUGUGUUAGCUUACUGCUAGGUUCCUUUCUCAAGGUUCUUUAAAAAUACAUUACCGCAAAUUAGCAUAGCUAUAUAUAUAUAUAUAUAUAUCUGAUAAAGGACGACACUCACUUUGGAAAGACCAGUGAGUGCCGUCCUUUAUCAGUUAUAUUCAACCGCUGGCACCCUGGCAGCUGUUACUGUGGUGAGAGUGGUCAUUUUUUGAACAUAUAUAUAUACUGUAUAUAUAGUGCUGAGUGCUAAUAUGAAGUAGCCGGGUGGGAGUACUGUAAUACUUUCCAAUAUUGUAAAGUUUUCUGUUAUUUAUUAAUGUCACUUAAGCUAUCCAAAGCAUAAAGUAAGUACAUAAUUUAACAUAAUUUGAUUCAGUGAUAAUUUGUACAAUAAACAUUUUAAAAAAAUAUUAGCUAAUUUUAGCUUAAUAUUGUCUUAAAUUGUAGCUGUGUGGUCAGUAAAAUCAGCUGAGUUGUAUGCCCAUUAAAUAAUUCCUGGAGAAAAUACUAAUAUGAAGAGUUAUUUAGUUUAGGAUAAAAACUGUAUAAUGUAUAGCCAAUUAUAAGACUCAUGUAUAUCUCACAUAUUGCAUCAUACAGUUUGUUGAAUUACAUUUUUAUAGAUCAGAAUUUCAAAAUAUCCAACUUGAGCAUGGGUGUUAAACUUGGGUAUAGCUUGUUAAGCUAAAACAAUUUACCCAGGGGCUAGCCCACCUAAGCUCAAGCAGAAAUAUCCUAAAGUCAUGUCAGUCUGCUAAUAAUUGGAGUUAAAACAUUAUAUUUUACAGCCUUUGAGUUUAUCUUGCACUUUAAAGGAGAUAGACAUAUCCCAAAUCAGUGUAAUGUUGUCUUGGUAUCUCAUACACAAUAUGGAAAGAAGAGCUGUAAUCAGUGGUGGUUUUGGAGUUAAGGGGCAAACAUCCUGCAGAGUUCUGUCCAUGGACCACAAAGCUAGGGACUAAGUCAGGGAGGCCAAAUUGUGAGUGAUCCUCAGCCCAACCAGCCUUUUGCACGUCCUGACCUCUACUGACUAUAAUACACUAUCAGUAUUGACAAUACCUCUCAAUUUAUUUCCCUUUGCCUGUCUUUUUCAUUUCUUUUAUGAACUGUGGAUAAUUUGCACAUAUAGUAAUUGUUAUAAUUGCAAUUUGACAAAAGUUUAUGAAAUACCAGACCUUUAACUGUUUUGGGACUGUAAUCUUCAAUUAAUUGUCAACCUAUAAUUCUCCUUAUAUCAUUUAAGCCAAUGCAACUUGACAAUGGUAAAUGCUAUAUAUAAUUAAGAAAAUAUAUGUAUAAUUAUAUAUUGAUAUAUUGUUGUGUAUAUUGUAUAUUUUACUGUACAUGUCUGUGUAAAUUAUGUCUUUUCUGUAACAAGUGAACUACGCUCCUUUUUCAGUUGUGUAUAUAUAAAACUUUAUGUACUGUAAAAAAACCAACAACAAAAAGCUAUAAUUUUCUAGUGACUUGUGACUGUAUCUUCCAGCCCUUGGAAGCACAACUGCUGAUUAUAAUUCUGUGGCAUUUGCUAUUUGCUUUUAUAUGUGUUUCAUAUCAAGCUCUCAUUAGUUAGUUAACACUGUGUGUUAAGACUAGAUGUAUGUAUGUUGACCUCCGCACAUUUUUGAGUAACGUAGGAUAUAUUUCCCUGUUGCAGCAGAACAGGUGCAAGGUGCACACAGCAAUCAGAUUAAAGCCACAUCUUUGUCACAAACACAUAAAAUGAAUGGCCUGGGAAACAGCCAAACCUUGUAAUGGGCCAAUUAGAUGACUUUGCAGAGCACAAUAUAAUGCUUCAUCAGUCUCCGAGGGGAAUUUCAGCCAGUAUCAAAUCCACUCAUGGAACACUGAGGUUUUAAAUAGCACAUACAAUAAUUUGAUAAGCACAAAAGAGCAAAGCUCUUUCAUCAGUAAGAAUCACAUCUGGUGACCAAAUGUCCAUCGAUAUUCCAGAAUUCUCUGCUUCUGACUCAUAUGCUGGCAAAACCUCUUUAGUCGAUCUAAAGGUAAUAUGAAGGGCAGCAGUUGUCAGUGGAUUCAUUCAUGUUAGGGCUUGUUAAUAUAGAGAAUUACCAAGUAGUAAAAUUUUAGCAAUAAUUUCAGAAGUUGGACUUCAGGAAUGCAAUAUAUGUUUUAUCACAGAAGUAAAAGAUAAAGACCUAGAUUACAAGUUGAGGGCAACUGAUAAUACCCACAGCAUUAUUUUGUAUUUGGCCUCGCACAAACAAUAGCACACAAUCAAGUAUUAAAUUAUAGGUUAACAUGCAUUUUAGCCAAAGCCUUUUUAGUGCACCAAAUAAAUAAACAAAUCAUUUUUAUUAUCAUUUAUUUGUAUAGCGCCGCCAAAUUCCGUAGCGCUGGCACUUCUACUUUAAAUAGGGAAGUGUGCUCAUAAGUCGUCAGUUAAGUGAUGUACUCUUACACAAUACAAAAUACCGCUUAUGCAUUUAGAACAGUAAUUAACUAUUAUUGGUUAUUACUAUAUAUUCAAAAGCAUGGAAGGCAUAUAUCAAAGAACUUAAAGGGACAUGAAACCCAUUUUUUUCCCAUUCAUGAUUCAAACAGAGCAUGCAAUUUUAAACAAGCUUUCCAAUUUACUUAUAUUAUUAUCCUUGUUUAGUUCUCUUGAUAUUCUUUGUUGGAAAGCAUAUCUAGAUAGGCUCAGGAGCUGCUGAUUGGUGGCUGCACAUACAUGCCUCAUGUUAUUGGCUCACCCAUGUGCAUUGCUGUUUAUUCCGCAAAGGAUACAAAGAGAAUGAAUCAAAUUCGAUAAUAGAAGUCAAUUUGAAAGUUGAUUUAAAUUGUAUUCUCUAUCUGAAUCAUAAAAAAAAAUGGGGUUUCAUGUCCCUUUGACCAAAAAUUCCAAUAUUGGCUUUGAAUUUGAACAUUAUCUCACUUUAUUUUAAGUGCAACCUCUCCUAGAAAUAUAUGAGGGAAAGAAAGCACCUGCGCAAUCCAACAUGAAAUUUGUAGCACACAUUAUACUAGGAUACAUGAUAUAUAUUAAUCAUGGGCAUGUACUACCAGAGCAAAAAAAUGCAAGAGGUAUGAAUUAUGCUCCACUCCGGCUUGUAUUUUUGCACUCCACUUGUUAUGUAGCACAAUAUGUUAUUGGGGAGGGAUAUAUUUAUAUCUAUAAAUUAUUUAAAAGAACAAUAUAGAGGAAUUAUUUUAAAUAAUACAUAUCUCAUUCCCUUUAUCAAAGUAGAUGUUAGAAGGUGAUAAGUCAAUCAAAGAUCCUCUGGGGAUCUUUACUGUGGCUUUGUAUCUUCCCUUGCCCCUGAGGUUCUGCUCAUUGUCAGAUGGGAAUGUUUCAGUUAUUUACAUGAUCAUCUAACAUAAUAUUAGUAUGUCCUGGAUUCAGAAAUGGUGACAAAGGGAUAAACUACAGAGUAUUGCAAGAUGCUAUGAUGUUCUGAUUUAGUACAUUGUUUUUUCUGUGGUUGCCUACAGUAUCUGCUGGUUGUGUGUAAUAAAUAACCAUUUUAUUUCCAUUAGUCUUCUUCCUUGUCUAUGCUAUGUUUUAGCUUAGGAUACAAGGUGUAUAAUAGACCAAAACACUACACGUGUAUCUGAAAUAAACUGUUCUUACAAUUA